CCACAGAAUUCUAUUAAUCAGUUUUCUUUCAGUUGAGAAACCAGGUAGUUAAAAAGGAGAAUCUUAGAGGGGGAAUACCAAAAAUGAUUCUUGCUUCGCCUAUCCUUAACCCCAAACCUAAAUUUGGGGGCCAUUCCAAGAAAUCGCUUGCUAUAUCUACCAACCCUUUCCUUCGCUGCUCCUUCUUUACUACUAAAUUCAGUUCUACUCUUCUCAAGUGUCACUGCGGCACCCACAACAAAGAUACAGAUAAGUCCACUCAAGGAUUUUCAGUGUUGACAUCAGACAUCCCAUGGAAGACUGAGAGUUUAUGGAGCACCAUGGCUCUGUAUAUGUUCAAUUUGCAUAUUCCUUUGGGUUUUGGUGGCCUUUCCAUUGUUUCUUAUCUCUUGCAUCAACCUGUCCUAGAUCCCCAGACUGAGGUUUUGAUUUAUCCUUUUUUUUAUGUCUUAAUGUUAAAAAUUGUAAUCCGAGAUUGGUCUGUAUUUUUGAGUCCCUUGUUUUUGGCUUCGUUUAGAAUUAGACAAAUGUUGGGUGCUCCAGCCUCCAGAGAUGAGGCACUAUCGUUGCUUGUAAUUGAUAUUUUGGAACUGCUUGCUACUCUCUUUCUCCUGAAGAGCACCAUUAAGCCAAACAAUAGGCUUUUGGACAUUUUCAAAGUUAACCCGGUAGAAAGGAAUUGGUUAUUAGCAUCAGCACUGGGUUUCGGAGUACUUAUUUUGUUAGUUUUCCUUACAUCAAUUGUUGUUGAUGGAUUAUAUGGGAUAAAGGAUGUAAAUAAUCUGAUACUGAAGGAAAUGCUUGUAAGAAGUGACAUCUCAAAAGGUGCUUGUAUUACCGUAUACUGCAUCAUCACACCUAUCUUAGAAGAAAUGGUAUACAGAGGCUUCAUGUUGGCAUCUCUUGCCUCAACAAUGAAUUGGAAGCAAGCAGUUGUGAUUAGUGCCGCCAUCUUUAGUGCAGCUCACCUGUCUGGUGAGAACUUUUUACAGUUGUUUGUCAUUGGGUGCAUCCUUGGGUGCUCUUAUUGUGGAACUGGAAACUUGAGUUCUUCCAUUCUCAUACAUUCUUUGUAUAAUGCGUUCACAUUGAUUAUAACUUUUUUAUCAUAGAUAACAAGUUUGAUUUCUUCUCA